AACUUCAGACCCGGUUCUGCUGCUUCUGUGUGUGUUUACUCAGCUGUUAAUAAAGUUAAGCAGUGCAAACAAACAGCCCACGAUGACCUCUGACCUCUGUGAGGAGCCAAUCACAACAGGCUGAGAGCUCGUCCUCGCAACAACACAGUCCAAGCCGGUGGUGUGAGUUUAUUAGGUUGUUCUGUUCUUAUCUGCUGGGCCGGGACCGGACGGGACGGGUCAGAACUACUCACUGACCCACUCAGUACGUCACGUUUCUCUGGAGGUCAUCAUGGACUCUCAGAUGCAGUCUUCCUUGGUGUCACUCCACCGCUCAGUGUCUGAGGAUGAGGAUGAAGAUGGAGGAAGGAGGGUAGAGCUGAAACUUGUGACAUCAGAUUCUGAGGAGGAAGUUGGGGCGGGGUUUAGCAGGGACAUCACAGCCUUGAUUUAUCGCUAUGGUUACCGAAGAACAGCUGUGCGGUUGUGUGUGUGUGGAGUCAUCAGCUUCAUCAUCGCGUUCCUAUUGGCUUAUGCUGUGUUCAGUGGGCGCUACCACUGCUCCCAGGCGGGGGAUCAGGAGGAGGAGCAGCCAGGGGGAGGGGCUAAAACAGAGGAAGGGGCGGGGCUUUACCUUGGGGAGCUGAGGGUGAUGAUGAGGAUGCUGCUGAAAGAUGAAGAUCUCCAGAACACAGUGAGUCGAGUCAGCAGAGCAAACCACCCCUCGGGUUCUGCAGAGGGAACCUCUCUGGCCUCAGAGAUCCUGCGGCGCUUCAGAGAUCUGCAGAUGGAUCACACCUGGACCGAGUCUCCGUACGCCACGCUGCAGUUCCCGGACAGGUCUCAGCGCAGCUCUCUGCGGAUUCUGGACGCUGCAGGUCAGAUCUUUGAGGAGAUUCCUCUCAAUCCAGCUGACUACUGUCCAUACGGUGCCACGGGAAGCGCUACAGGAGAUAUGGUCUACGCCAAUUAUGGCCGCCCUGAGGACUUUAAUUGGCUGAAGAGUGUGGGCGUGGCGGUGGAGGACUGUGUGGUUGUGAUGCGCGUUGGGGGCGGGGUCAGCUUUGCAGAGAAGGUGUGGCUUGCUGAGAGGAAUGGGGCAGGUGGAGUACUGAUCUACCCCGACCCCGCUGACCUGCCACAGGACCCCCGUCGCCUCGGGCUGAACACUCACACCGCUGUGUCCGAACACGUCCACCUGGGCUCGGGCGACCCCUUCACCCCUGGGUUUCCAUCCUUCAAUCACACCCAGUUCCCGCCCAUCCAGUCGUCCGGGCUGCCACUCAUCCCAGCCCUGCCAAUCAGUGCUUCUGUAGCCACCAAGCUGCUGAGCCAGCUCUCGGGUCCGUCCUGUCCGCCAUCGUGGCGAGGUCGUCUGCCGUACGUGCGUUGUGUGGUUGGACCAGAAUUCGGCUCCAGACAUAAGGUGAAGAUGUCCGUCCACAACGUGAUGACGCCGGUUCUGCUCAACAACAUCUUCUCGUCCCUGGAGGGUCGUGUGGAGCCAGACCAGUACAUCAUACUGGGAGCGCAGAGGGACUCACUGGGUCCAGGAGCCGUGAAGUCGGGGGUCGGGACAGCAGUUCUUCUGGAGCUGGCUCGAACCUUCUCCAUCAUGGUGAAGAAAGGCUUCAGCCCCAGACGCAGUUUGCUGUUUGUCAGCUGGGACGCGGGGGAGUUUGGGAACGUUGGAGCCACUGAGUGGCUGGAGGGUUACCUGUCCAUGCUGCACCUAAAGGCCAUAGCCUACUUCAGUCUGGACCAGGCCAUCAUGGGUGACGAUGUGCUGACGGCCUACACGAGCCCCCUGCUGGUCGACCUGCUGGAUGCUGCCAUCAGACAGGUGGAGCAUCCUAAACAUGCGGGUCGGACCAUCUACAGCCAGGCUGAGAGAGAGGGAGGCAGCUGGAGGAUCCUGAAGCCGCUCUACCUGAACAGUGGAGCCUACAGCUUCACGGCGUUUGCUGGAGUUCCAGCGAUGGAGCUCAGGUUCUCAGAGGACCGCGCCUACCCCUUCGUCAACACGCCGCUGGACUCCGCCUCCCGCCUGCAGGAGGUGCUGGGGGGCCGUCUGGGGGCCGCAGGCCAGAGUUUGGGGGAGCUGGUUGGAGAGAUGGUGCUGAGGUUGGCCCACGACCCCGUGCUGCCGCUCCGCAUCACCUCCUACGCUCAGACGGUGCUGCACCUCAGCGCGCAGCUCAACAGGCACUCGGCGGAGCUGCAGUCCAGAGGUCUGUCGCCUCAGUGGGUCUUCAGCGCCAGAGGAGACUACAGCCGCGCGGCAGAGACUCUGCAGAGAGCCAUCGACUACAGCGACACCCAUGACCUGACCACCGCCCGCUUCUACAACACCCGCAUCAUGAAGGUGGAGUACUACUUCCUGUCCCAGUACGUGUCGGCUGUGGAGGCGCCGUUUCGCCACGUGAUCCACGGCCGCGGCAGCCACACUCUGAGCGCGCUCACUGAGCACCUGUCGCUGCUGACCUCUGACCCCGGACGCUUCGACGAGAAGAGCUUCAGACGCCAGCUGGUGCUGUUCACCUGGACGCUGCAGGGAGCAGCCAACGCUCUGAGCGGAGAUGUGUGGAGUGUGCACAACAUGCACACGCACUGACGC